AACAAAAUGGCUACCCAAAGGGCAAUGUUGAAAAAUGUUCUCAUCCUUUUCCUCUUCGCCGUAACCAUUAUGGCAAAAACCGUGUUUUCUCAACACUGCAGCACGACCGGAUGUGCUGGCAACCUAUGCUGCAGCAGGUAUGGUUAUUGUGGCAGCACAAGCGCCUACUGCGGCACCGGGUGCCGAAGCGGACCUUGCAGUUCCGGACCUACACCUAUCCCACCAACUCCCACCGGUGGUGGAGACGGUCUAAACACUGAUCCUCGUGACACAAUUGAAAACGUUAUCACACCAGCGUUUUUUGAUGGUAUCAUGAGCAAAGUGGGAAAUGGCUGCCCAGCGAAAGGAUUCUACACUCGCCAGGCCUUCAUUGCGGCCGCCCAGUCGUUUGAGGCCUAUAAAGGAACUGUAGCUAAGCGUGAGAUUGCCGCUAUGUUGGCUCAGUUUUCUCAUGAAUCUGGAAGUUUUUGCUACAAAGAAGAAAUAGCUAGAGGGAAAUACUGCUCACCGAGCACUGCGUACCCUUGUACACCGGGGAAGGACUACUAUGGUCGCGGUCCAAUCCAAAUCACAUGGAACUACAACUAUGGUGCAGCCGGAAAGUUCCUUGGACUCCCUCUCUUGACUGAUCCAGAUAUGGUGGCUCGUAGUCCAGAAGUUGCCUUUCAGUGUGCCAUGUGGUUCUGGAACCUAAAUGUUCGUCCAGUCUUGGACCAAGGCUUUGGAGCCACCACGAGGAAGAUUAACGGUGGCGAGUGCAACGGGCGGCGUCCUGCAGCGGUGCAGAGCAGAGUAAACCGUUACUUGGAGUUCUGCGGGAUGCUUGGGAUCACUCCGGGAACAAGUCUUAGUUGUUAAAAAUGUAAAAUGUGGGUAAUAUAUAUGGCACGGUUCAUAGUAUAACACUGUGGUCGUGCACGUGUGAGUUUAUAACCAAAGGUGUUGCGGUCCUUAUGUACCAAUGUGUUGUUUGUAUCGGUUGUCAUAGAAUGAAGCAUAUAUAUCAGCCAAUCCAUAAAUAAACGAAUUUCUAAUA